AUGAAACCAGGUUUAUUCUCCGCAUUACCAAGCAAGGAAGAAUCAACAUACGGUGAAAUGUUGACUGGUUUGAAGAAAGCUGCGACCAGUCUUGGUAUCCUGCUGCAACCCCAGACAAUAUUAAUCGAUUUUGAAUUAGCAGCAUAUAAUGCAUUUUCCGAAGCAUUUCCAAAUGCUAUUGUGAAAGGUUGUUAUUUUCAUUUCACCCAGAAUAUAUGGAAAAGGAUUCAAAAAUUACAUUUGGUAAAGGAAUGCAAAGAUCAAACUGUACGACGAGAAAUAGCGAACAUUAUGUCAUUACCAUUGUUACCAGCACAUGAAAUUGACACUGUUAUGGAAUUAGUAAUUGAUGUAUUAAGCAAUAUUUCUGUUAAAUUUCUUAAAUUAACUGAUUAUGUUGUUACAAAUUAUGUGGAAAAAGAAAGAUUUGAUAUAUCAUUUUGGAACUUGUAUGAUAUUAUUGGAAGAAGACCACGAACCAACAAUCAUCUGGAAGGAUGGCAUCGCUAUCAAAAUUCGUGA